AUGGUGCCCACUGGGGUGCUGGGACUGCUCCUGUGCCUGCGGCUCUGCGGGGUGAGUGCUGGCCUUGGGGUACAGGGACCUUGUUCCCAGCCGGGAGCUGGGCUCAGCAUCCUCUUUGUUGCAGGUGCCGGGGAUCUGCGGCUGGUGGAUGGUGGCGGGCGCUGUGCCGGCCGUGUGGAGGUGAAGCACGAGGGCGAGUGGGGCUCUGUCUGCAACUAUGACUUCGACUGGGAUGCCCGGUGGGCCACUGUGGUAUGCCGGCAGCUGGGCUGUGGUGCUGUGGCCAAGGCGUCUGCCUAUGCCCCAUUCGGGCAGGGCACUGGCAGGAUUUGGCUCCAGCCCUUCUUCUGCCGGGGCAUAGAAGAGACGCUGCAAGCCUGUCCCCAUUUCGGUUGGGGACAGCACUUCUGUGGCCACGACCUGGAUGUCGGUGUGACUUGUACAGAUGCGGUGGAGCUGAGGCUGGCGGCCGGCGGAGGUCCCUGUGCCGGGAGGGUGGAAGUGAAGCUGCAAGGACGCUGGGGCUCGGUGGCAGAUGAUAACUGGGACAUGAAUGAUGCCGAGGUGGUGUGCCAGCAGCUCGGCUGCGGCUCGGCCGCUGGUGCCUACCUUGCUAGCACGCGCUUUGGUGCAGGCAAUGGCCCCAUCAGCCUGGCCAUAAUCAACUGCCGCGGGGACGAAGCCGCCAUCUGGGACUGCGAAGUCCGCGGCUGGGGACCCUACAGCGCCAUUCAUGACUUCGACACCGCCGUCGUCUGCCAAGGGUUUGCCCGUCUGGUUGGCGGUGACAGUGCCUGCGCCGGGCGGCUGGAAGUGCGACGGGGCCGAGCGUGGGUCGGUGUCUGCAAGGACGCCGUGGACAUCAAGGCUGCCCAAGUGGUGUGCCGGGAGCUGGGCUGUGGUGCGGCGCUCGCCAUGCCCGGCACUGGCCAGUUUGAGGCAGAAAUGGGGCCGCUCUGGGAGGGGGAGUUCGAGUGCAAUGGCACCGAGCCCCUCUUCACCGCCUGCGCCCAACGGCCAUCCCGCAAACAGGGCUGCAUGGCGUAUGCCAGCAUCGUCUGCUCCCCCUACACAGGAUUCCGGCUGGCGGGCAACGGCUCAGACUGUGCCGGGCGGGUGGAGGUGGAGGCAGGGGGGACCUGGGGGUCCCUCUGUGCCACCGACUGGGACCUGCCCGAUGCCCAUGUCCUCUGCCACCACCUUGGCUGUGGCCCCGCUGCCACCGUGCCCCCAGGAGGCUCCUUCGGCGCUGGGGAUGCGCCACUGUGGCAGGACACCUUCGGCUGCAUCGGCAGUGAGCGACACCCAGGCGAGUGUCCCACGGCAGUGCUGGGAGAGCCCAGCUGCAAGGUCGGCCACACAGCAGCCGUCUGGUGCUCAGGUGUCGCUGAGCCCUUGCGGCUGGUGGAGGGAGAGACCCGGUGUGAUGGACGGCUGGAGGUCACCACAAGCCCCGGGACCUGGGCCCGUGUGCUCGUGGGGCUGUGGGAUGCCCGGGGUGCUGGUGUGGUGUGCCGGCAGCUGGGCUGUGGUGUGCCAGAGAAGAUCCAUGCCAUGCCGGGCUCGGGAACCACAGGGCUGCAGGGGCUGUGGUGCACUGGCACCGAGGAGAACCUGGCCCAGUGCAACACCUCGGGGGUGGCCACCGCGCCCACUGGCAGCCCUGAGGAGGUGGCCAUCGUCUGCUCAGGCAGCCGGCGUGUGAGGCUUGCGGGCAGCCUCAGGCGCUGUGCCGGGCGCGUGGAAGUCUAUGUCCAGGGCUCCUGGGCCACCGUGUGCGAGGACAACUGGGACAUGUUGGAAGCUGCUGUUGUGUGCCGCCAACUGGGAUGUGGGACGGUACUGGAAGCACCCAGCUCCGCUCGCUUCGGUGUCGGUGCGGGGCUGCUGUGGCAGAGUGUUGUUGGCUGUGCCGGGACUGAGGCGUCGCUCUGGGAUUGCCCAGCACAGGGCAUCUGCCAGCACGGCGGCGCCGCAGGAGCCGUGUGCUCAGAACUGCUCUCCCUGCGGCUGGUGGGGAGCAGCAGGCGCUGCGGAGGGUACCUGGAGGUGUUCCACAACGGCAUGUGGGGCCGCGUGUGUGCCAAUGGUACCAGCCCUGCCACCGCGGCCACCGUGUGCCGCCAGCUGAGCUGUGGGCAAGGAGGGAGGCUGGUGGCCGCCCCCAGCCAGGACUCAGCCCCUGCCUGGCUGGCCUGGGUGGGCUGCGAGGAGGACUCCCGCUCGCUCUGGCAGUGCCGCUCGGCCCCCUGGCGCCUGCAGCCCUGCCGCCUCAGAGAGGACACCUACAUCAGCUGCGAUGGGGAUGGCGAUGGCACGAGCGGGACACCCAUCCCAUCCCCGGGGAGCACAGGGCUCCCUGGCAGCACCCCAAUGGCAGCAAUGGUGGGGACCAUGCCAGUGCCCACAGUCCUCAGCUUGGUCUUGGGGACACUGCUGUGCCUGGCCCUGGGUGCCCUGGCCGCGCAGACAUGCCGUGCCCGCGCUUGGCACCGAGGUGGUGGCAAAGCAGUGGAUGCCAUCUCUGAUGCCAUCUACGAGGAGCUGGAUUAUGUCCAGGCCCCGGAGUACCAGGACGUGCUCAGUCAUGCAGGCUCCUUGUCGGAGGGUUCGGGGACAAAGCUGCCAUAUUACACCGGUGACAGCAUGGAGGAGGGCGACCCCAAGGCAGACCCAGACUCCCCUGCCCAGCACGGCUCCCCAGAUGGCUAUGAUGAUGUUGCGGCUGUGCCAGAAGAAUCCCUUGAUCCCAGCGCUGGGGACACCUCCGAGGAGGUGGCAUGGAGGAGCUGGGACAGUGUCCAACCCUCCGGUGGGACCUGUCUGCCGCAAGGUCCCCCAGAAGUCACGUGGGAACCCCCAGCAUCGCCCCCGGGAGACACAGACUACGAUGAUGUUGGCAUCAGCACCGUGGGGACAUCGCCUUGAGGAUGCCUGGGCCACCGCAGGAGACCCUGGGGACACGUGUGCAGGGUGGGGGGGCUCUAUCCCCAUGAAGGGGUGGCCCUGGCUGCAGAGGUGAUCACCUCACCCUGCCCAGUACCUCAGUGUGGCAGCAAAACUGCACCCGUAUCCCUCC